UCGAAACUAAUCGAAAUCACCAUUAUCUCAAUAAUUUGAAUGAAAGGAAAGGGAGAGUUUUGCCGUGGUUUUGCGUUGAACCACUUUAUAGAAUCACCCGCGUAAAACUACUUGUAAUUAGUAUAAGAAUAAGAUUAUGUAUUUACAUCUUCGCAAGUAAAUGAUUUCGGAAAUUGCGAAUGAAGAAAUGUCAUGACGUUGAACGAUGUAAAUCCAAUUCAGACAAUCGGGCUCCAACGUGAUCGAUAGAACAAGCCGUUAUCAGAUGAUUGUUUGGAGGCUGCCUGUGGGUAGGCGUGAUUGAUACUCUGUCAUUUGUGUUACAAGAGCAAUUUCGUUCACAUAUUUCAUGCAGAGGCUCAGCUGGUAUUAGAGUUGAGAGAUUCGUUACAAUUUGUUUGUCUUCAUUUAACGAACCCAUCAAUAGAUAAUCUUCUAACAAUUAUGGCUCAGUCACAGGAACUGGCAUUAGGUAUAGACCUCGGUACAACAUCAGUUAAAGUAGUUGUCAUAUCGACUCAAAGUAAGCAGAUUGUUAGCAAGCAAAGUAAAGACACUCAGGCUAAUGUACCCAGUGACUUGGGUAUAGAAGGAAAUAAGCAGGAUGUACCAAAAAUUCUCUCUGCAGUACACAGCUGCGUGUCGCGGAUUUCCAGAGAUUUACUCCGUCAGGUGGUCCAUAUAGGGAUAUGUGGACAAAUGCAUGGUGUUACGUUAUGGGAUCAUUCAGCACAAGAAGAUGAUGACGAUCUAGAGGAAAAAUUUAAAUUAGAAAUUCCGAAAGAAAAGGUAUCGCCCCUUUACACUUGGCAAGAUUCUCGCUGUGAUCCUGAAUUUCUGGCAGCUUUACCAAAAUCAAAAAGCCAUCUACCCACUCAUUCUGGUUACGGCUGUGCAACCCUUUUUUGGUUUGCUAAGAACAAACCAGAAAAAUUGAGCAAGUACAACAGGUGUGGAACUGUCCAAGAUCUAGUGGUUGCUCUUCUUUGCGGGCGGAGCAAAGUAGCAAUCAGCACACAGAAUGCAGCAAGUUGGGGAUAUUUUCAAACAGAAGAGGGCUGUUGGGAAAUAGAUAUCUUGGCUGAAAAUGAUUUUCCAACUAAGAUUCUACCGAGUGAAAUUAUGAAGCCUGGGCAAUCAGCUGGUUUGUUACAGUAUACAUGGUUCGGAAUUCCUGCUGGCACCCCAGUAGGAGUUGCUCUGGGUGACUUGCAAUGUUCUGUGUAUGCUCUUCUGAAAAAUCCCACGGAUGCAGUUCUUAAUAUUUCCACUUCUGCUCAACUUGCCUACGUUGAUCCAUUUUUUACUCCAAAACUGACAACUGGAACAGAAACGAUUCAGCAUUUUCCAUACUUUGAGGGGAAGUAUCUAGCAGUUGCAGCUUCUUUGAAUGGUGGUAACUGUUUGGCCACGUUUGUCAAAACGUUACAACAAUGGAGCAUGGAACUGGGUUUCUCAAUACCUCAGUCAAAGGUUUGGGAGAAGCUGAUAGCUUUAGGCUCGGAGGAUGCAGCUAUUUCUGAAUUGGAAAUAUUACCUACAUUGCUUGGGGAGCGACAUGCUCCUGAGCAGACAGCCAGUGUGAAUAAAAUCACACUUGAUACCUUGCAGCUAGGUCAAAUAUUUCGUGCACUUUGUUCCGGAGUUAUAAAAAAUCUUCACGACAUGAUGCCACUGGAAAUACUGCAAAAAGCUGGAAUCCAGCGGAUUGUGGGUAAUGGAUCAGGCUUUGUGCGUAAUUUGGUACUUCAAAAAGAGGUACAGCGAUGGUAUGAGCUACCAUUGGAAAUAGGGCAAUCGGGUGAUGCAGCUUUUGGAGCAGCAUUGGCUGUGAUUAACCAUAAUUAAUUGGGCAUGUUCAUAUAAUACUAGAUAAGGUGAGCUAAUGGUUUGUCCCAAUUCCUUUCAUUGUUCUAAUAAAAAAAAUACAGUAUCAGCGUUUAUGCACAAAAUAAAUCAAACCACUUGAACUAUGAUGAAAGGUGUGUCUCUAUUAAAAUUACAAUAUUUUCGAAUUAGCUUAUAAACUUAUGAGAAUAAUCAUUCCAUCUAAAACCCAGAACAUUUGAUAUACAUGUAGCAAGUCUAUUUAACCAUGUUCAAUUGUUCUAAGUGGAACGUGUAUAGCUAAGGCACUUUGCUUUUAGUUUAUGUAUACUUAUAAAUAACUAUUAAUAAAAUAAAGUACAAGUGUUUUACUAUC